AUGCAUACUGGACGAUACACGGACAUGUCCAUCAAAAUGUCAGGCUUUCUUUUGAAAAUCACAGGUAUCUCGAAGGCGACAAACAGUAGCGGAGAGAGGCGAAGGAAAUUCAUGGUGGUCUAUACCAUAGCUGCACUCGUUUAUGGCGUGUACGUGAACGUCGUCGAUAUUUAUCAUAACUUGCAUAAUUUGGACCAUUGUAUCUUUCUGGCUUCCAACACGUUGAACAUAAUAUUGGCGAUGUUCAAGCUUUCGGUACUACACUUUUAUAAAACGGAAUUUUCGGAUAUAAUUGUAUACGCUCAAAAGCAUUUCUGGCAUAUCAAUUACAAUGACGAUGAGAAGAUACUUUUCGCAGAGUGCAGAAAUUUUUGCAAGUUAUGGACAGUAUUUAUAUUGCUUGUUGCGGAAAGCUCUUUGUCUUUCUACGCGAUUGUACCGAUCAGCGCGAACAUUGGAAACAAUGGUUCAGAGAGGUUACUUCCAUUCAAAAUGUGGGUCAAUCUACCAUUAACCGUGACACCUUAUUACGAGAUAAUGUUCGCCAUCGAGUUACUGGCCGUACAACAAAUUGGCGCAAGCUAUUUAUGCCCCGAACAGUUCUUAUGUGUGCUGAAUCUGCACGUAGUCUAUCAGUUUCGUAUGCUGCAGAAAACGUUAUUGAGUUUGUGGUCGAACGUCGACGAACAAACUGAUAUCGCCGAUUAUUCAAACAAGUACUACGUAAUAUUGAAGAAAUGCAUCCGAAAGCAUCAGUCGUUGAUUCAAUUGAACGCUAAACUCGAGCAAAUUUUCACGUUGCCGAUUCUCAGUCACAUGGUUAUCUUUAGCGUGCUGAUGUGUUUCGACACGUACGAAAUCGUUCUGGCAAACAUAUCUUCCGGGAAACGACUUAUAUUUUUUUUCCACAUGAUCGGUAGCUUUGCCCAUAUAAUUUUCUUCACAUAUAUCUGCCAUGGUUUGGUAGAAGAAAGCACGAAUGUUAGCAUAGCGUCGUAUUCGGGAUGGUGGGUGUGUCUGCCAAUGAGCAAAACAGGCAAAAAGAUACGAAAGGAUAUGAAGAUGAUGAUGAUGAAAGCGAUGCGACCGUGUCAACUGACCGCCGGAGGAUUCUUUCCUGUGACUUUGGAAACAUCUACCGCGCUUAUAAGCUCGACGAUGUCGUACUUUGCUCUCAUGAGGGAAUCGUCUAUGAGAAUAGCAGAGCAAUAA